AGAGUCGCGGAGGUAAACCUAGCUAGCCUGGAUCGAACACAAACCUUUCCGAACAUUCUCCUUGCUUGUUGGCAUCUCACGGACAGCUAACACCGAAAUGAAGCAAAAGAUUGUUAUCCAGGUGAGCGUGUCAAGCGACAAGAGCCGGCGCAAGGUCAUGACGACGGCCGCGAAAACCACCGGUGUGAUCUCGGUGGGGAUAACUGGUGACUCGAGGGACAUGCUGGAGGUGGUGGGCAACGACGUCGACACGGUGUCCCUCGUCGGCCGUCUGCGCAAGAAGCUCCUCGGCCGUCUUCUCCUCGGCCGUCUGCGCAGGAGGCUCCUCGGCGCACGCAUCGUGAAGGUGGAGGAAUUUAAGGACAAGAAGAAGAAAGAAGAGGACGAGAAGCUGCCGUACUGGUAUCCCGGUUACUACUACCACCACCAAUACCCCUCGCACAUGGUCGUCGCCGACCAGCCCAGCUCCUGCGCAAUCAUGUGAUUGCCUAUUCUUGCCACAGACCGAUUUUACCAUAUAUUUUUGUCAACAACAAUAUCAGUAUUUACUAUUAUAUAUGAGUAUGUAA